AGUUUAAUUAUGCCUAUAAUAAGAAAAGAAGGAAAGGAUACUAUUAUUUUUGUAACAAGAGAAGAUCAUGCUAUUCCUAGUCAAAUCACACUGCCAGAGCCAGAGCCACAUCCUGGUCUUUUUCUUCCAAAUGGGGAAAUAAACUGGAGUUGUCCUUGUUUAGGAGGAAUGGCCACUGGUCCGUGUGGAUUAGAAUUUCGAGAAGCUUUUACAUGUUUUCAAAAGUCUUCCAAUGACCCAAAAGGAUCUGAUUGUUACGAAAUUUUUAAAACAAUGCAACAAUGUAUGUCAGAGUAUCCUUCACUUUAUGACAAUAAAGUAACGGAUAUGGAUUUAGAAGAGCUAGAAAAUGAUGAAACUGAAAAUAAUCAUGAUCAAGACAGAAAAGCCCUUAAAAAUAUAGAUCCUGAAUUUAGUGAUACAAAUAGUCAAAAUACAAUUAAUACAGUAACAACAGUAGCAGCAGCAGUAGCAGCAAAAGCAGUAACAACAGGAACAACAUCAGUAACAGCAAUAGCAACACCACUUCCACCGCACCGUCACCAUCGUCACGACCACCACUAUCACCAUUACCAUCACCACCACCACUACUACUACCAUCACUACACCGUCCUGGGCUGUCGCACGACCGUAUGA